UUUGCCCGCCCACCUUCUCUCUCCCCCUCCCUCCCAACCGCCAGCUCAAAUGACUUUCCUGUUCCGGAAUGAAUGAGCCGCCAGUUGUUGUCAAGCUUUCCAACCGUUUGCACCUCUUGCGCACUUGUGUCUUCAUCGGCCUCUUUGCUAUUUCUUUCGAAACAAAGUGUGUAAAAGAAGAAGAAGAAGAAGAAGUUAAUAUUGACAUUUGAAUUGCCGUGAUGGAAAUCCACGUUAGCCCCGGAUCACUUUGACUUGGAGAGAGAGAGAGAGAGAGAGAGAGAGAGACAAUAGCCCCAACAACAUUGUGGAACGUUUAAAGGAAGAAGAUAACCAAGAAAAGAAAAAGAAAUUUUUGAAAUUGAGAAUGUCGGGCAAAUUGAACUCGUCGUUGACAACUGCCGAGUGGGUGGACGGUCGACGCUCAUCGUCCGAGUCGAGCUCGGCGACUCCGCCGCGGCUGGACCGUGGCAGCAGCGCGAGCCGUCCGUCAGCCGGCACGGCCGUGCGCAGUGAUUCCAGCCAGUUGUUCACCAAAUGGUUGAUGAAGAAACAGCAAGCCGAUAGCAUUUUGGAGAACGAUUCGAACGGCCGACAAGCGUCUAAGCAGAAGCAACACAUGGCCGGCUCCAUCGGUCCGGGUGGCGUCGUCGUUGGCGUCGGUCGGGGUCAACUCUUUCCCGCCCGGCUGGCCUUGGCACUCGGCAUGGCCAAAACCCUCCUAGGCGUCCUGUUGGUUGCUUUCGGUGCCCUGGCACUGUGGGAACAAGCGUCCAUGUCCUAUCUCGGUUCCGGUUUAUGGACGGGCGCUGUGGUGGUACUGAGCGGCCUUAUGGGCAUCAUGGCCGGCCAGAAACGCACAAAUUUAAUCUACAUCGUCGCUUACCUUUUGAUGAGCGUGCUGGCCCUGGCCGCCAUCGGACUCUUGCUCAUCUUCGCAGCCACGGGACUGGCCCGCGAUACCGACGCCCCCCACGGAUACUUUGUCGACCAAGAGGAAGGCAGUCGCGUUGAAUUCCUGGGCACUGUACCGUUGAAACAGCGCGCCAUCAUCAUCAACGCCGUCCUAGUGGCGCUGGGCACGCUGUCCACCAUCCUCUCGUUGGCGGCCGUGGUGAUUUGUCUGCGCGAAGCGUGCCUCUGUUACGGUGCGCAAGCGGCCACAGCCGGCCAACACCGGCGACUCGUCAACAGCAACAGCAGCUGUAACAGUAGCCAUCAUCACAAGAUCGGAGCCAAUCGGAUCGGAUCCGUUCCGAAUAUGAAUCUGCUGACCGCCGAUCAAAGCCCCGAGGGUCAGGCUCGUGCCUACCGUCUUUUGCGCUGGUUGCGCCAGUCGCAUCAACAGCAACAACAGCAGCAACAGCAACAGCAACAGCACCAGCCGAAACGUGCGCCACCUUUGCUUCGGCGCCUCUAUAACCCGCAGGUUCCGAUGGUGGCGCAUCCGAUUCCAGUCGCAAUCCCGACAACGCCAGCGGCCAGUGGCCAUCCGCCAGUCGGUUUCCCGUCGUUCGUUACGGGAGCUCCGACCGCUUAUGUCAUCCCAGCCGGAGCUAUGCCUGUACUUCAGCCCAUGAUUUCCGGGCCGGCAUUUUAUUCUCUCACCAGCCUUUCUUCUCUUCAUCACCAUCACCACGCCGCUGGCAUGCCACCACCACCACCAUCGCACAUGCAUCACCACGCUAAUUACCUACACCGAGACAUGGCCAGUUUGCCGGUCGCCACGGUCAGCGUUACACCCAGUGAACGCAAUCCGAAGAAGGUGGAGAAGAAGAAAGAGAAGAGCGCCGUGGUGGAUGAGAAACGAUGCCGUAGGUCUCGCAGCACGGCGGCCGAAGCCAACGACCAGCCGGAAACGAAGGAGCAACAGAAAGGCGAUCGUUCGCAUCAGCGGCAGCACUUCUUCGGCAUGCUUCCAUCGAGCAGCUCGAUGGCGAAGCAUCCACCGCCGCAACAGCUGACGCAACAGGCGCUGCAAUCAGACGGCGAGAGUAUGGUUAGCGGCUACGUCUACACGGGAAUGGACCGAGACAUUGCCGAAGAAUUCAUCCUUCACUCGAUGACCAUCCAGACGCCAGCGACGCAGGCGAGCAGCGUCAAAAGUGGUUUCAGCACCAAUCAACGCGAGGUUUUUUGAAAUCCACAUCCGUAACCUUCGCGACUCGCUACGUGUUUUUUUGUUGUUGCACAACGAAGAUCGCGUGUUUUUUUUUUAAUCGAUGUGCUAACUUGUUGAUUUGAAAUUCUUUUAAAUAACCGUCCGCUCAGAAACAAAAACACACACAAAAAAAAAAAAAAAAAGGAAAAAAUCUUCAGAGAUUGUUGAGUAUGUUGUUACAUUGUGUAAAAAAAAAAAAAGAAAAAGAAUAACAGAUUGAUAUAUAUAUGUCUACAUUCAAGAGAUAUGAGAAA